CCGGGUGUAUUUGUCACUACCAUAGAGAUACAAUAAUAGCUGGCUGGUGCGCUUGACGCUUGACGCGGUUAACAAUUGUAUAUCAUUUUGGAUUACUUGUUUUAUUAAGCGGAAAACUGCAUGACGAGUUCUGCUUCGAACAGAAUAAAGACCGCAGGAAACCUAAGUGGCACAAACAUUUGACACCAUGGACGAUUACAAGAAACACUUAGAUACACCAGGAAUCAGAAACUGGCUUAAAGGAUAUAUGGCAGUCAACAUAGUUAAACUUAGACUAGCUCCGUUCGCGUGUCAGGUCUGUGACUCGAUUCGAGUAGAAGAGUUAAAAACAGCAUUGCAAAAAUUAUUUCCUGACCUUUGUGGAAAUUGUUCAAUUGUUGAGGCUAUACCGUGUGACCCUACAAACACCAUCUGUAAUGCAGGAAAGUGCCGCUUUCACAAUGGGCGUGAUUUCCGUCCAUGUCUCAUAGUGAAAUGCAACAACUAUCGUUAUACAUUCAGGGAAAAGAUCAUCAAAAGAUUAGAUAUAGGAGUUAUUUGCCAAAGCUGCAGUACACAAGAAAUCGUACAUUGUAAUCCCAGAAAUAAAGUCUGCAACUCUGGAAGGUGCAAAUUCCAUCAUGACCCAAAUACUAAACAAUUAAUCCUUUAUAGACCAUGCUUGAAAAACAUUUGCGAUACACUUCGAAAUGCUAUAGAACAUACACACAGGUUUGGUAAUCCAUCUUGGAAGAAUACCGAUACACGAAAAUGGUGUGUCAACGCCUGGGAUAUUGCCAAGUGCUUUAUGCCACCAGAUGGCUACGCAGAUAUAGACAAUGAGGACGACACUGAUUUGAACGGGAUCAUCAGCGUCUUCAUAAACUGUGAAGAGAUCCAACAAUACUUUACUGCUGAUUUGUCCAAUUUACAGAACAUUUGCGUAAAGGUGCGCGAAGUGGGGAAGAGACUUCGCCAUGCACCGGGUUUAGAUGUAACUGAUGCCGACCUCAAGAACUGGUUCUCUGAUCUGAAAGCCUUAUUCCGUGACCCAACGUUCAACAGCACCUGUCCUAAUGCACAAAAUGCGAUUGACCAGCUAGAACAGCUUGAGAAUGACGAUUUAAAGAUCGAGCAGGCAGAAUAUAUUGCGGCCAUGGAAGACCAAGUGAACUGUUUAAAAAGGCUGAGUUCUUCUUCUGAUCAUGAAGCGCUUGACGACAUUCGUAAUCAAAUUGGUAUCCUUGAAAAUAAAAUCAAAGACAUAUCGAGGCAAGGCGUGAGAGAAGCAAACGGCAUCGACAUGGAAGAUUUUAUAUUAGACCUAAAAAAGAGCCUUAUCAAAUACCAUCGGGAAAACAACUCUACGUUAACACUUGGCCCUUUCUUCGAGCUUGAUGAUGCGAAAUUCGAGGACUUCUAUGUGCCACCUAAGAUAGUGAAAAUCAAACCAAGUACAAUAAACAAAGUGAAUGAAGGACACGGAUAUUCCACAAAAGCUAUAAAAACUUUAGACAUGUUGUUUGAUUCCAAACAAAUCGUUGUCAUAACUGCAGACGCAGGUGUUGGAAAAACAUCAUUUUGUAAGUAUUUAGUUGUUUUGUGGUGCGCAGAACAAAAUGAAAAUGUUGAGUUGAUAUCAAAAUUUAAAACAGCAUACAACUUUCCACGCGAUACCGAGUAUCUAAAACAAUUUACUUACUUGUUCUAUAUUCCAGGUCAAGGUAUUAACUACGAUAAUAUGGAAGAUAUAAUUUUUUCACAUGCAAAAUUAGUUCAUACCGGUUUGCAAAAAACUAAUCCGACGUUCGAUGAAAUGUUGUCAAAAGAAAAAGGUUUGAUUUUCUUAGACGGUCUAGACGAAUCAGUUCUUUCUUCUAUCAAUCCCUUACCAGCAAAUAGGAAAUAUACUGUCGUCUUAACUAUGCGCACAUGGAAGCUUGCAAACAUUACACUUCCCAGUAAGCGUUCAUAUCAAAAUGUACAGAUAGAAUUAAUGGACGAAACUGCGUCCCGAAAACUUGUUAGUCAUGCAAAUGAGUGUUUAAAUCGACAUUUUGGCACUCUAUAUGAUAUUGAAGAUUUUCUAUCAGCCGUGAAGAAUCAAUAUGUAGAUACACUGCUUCUUAAUCCCAUGUUUUCCCUGCAGUUGCUAUGUGUCUAUCACGACAGGCGCAAUGCCACUAUGUAUCGGACCGAGAGUACUUCAACGGACGCACGAGAUAACGACGGUACUACAGAAAGUACUAAGUUUUCUAAAACACCGACAAACCUUGGUAAGACUAGGUCGCACAUAUUUGCCUACAUUAUUGAAAUGAUGUUGCAAAACGUGAAAGUCACAGACGAAGAAGCAAUCCGAAAAUUGAAUCAAUUGUAUGCGAUGGGGAAUAACAUGAAGAAUUCCCUUCCUAUAUGCUUUAAUGAUCAGAAUUUAAUAUACAAUAAAUUGGCAAAUUUUAUUAUUCAUAUAGGACAACUUGCAUUUAAUUGUUUAAUCAACGACACUAAAGAUGUUAUAAGCGAAAACGAAAUGGAGACAUAUCUUUCCUUGGAGGAAAUCGAUGUUCUCCUUGGAUCUGGACUUCUUUCGGCAAUAAACACAGGAAUACUUAGUUCAAAAAGUAUUAUGUAUUGUUUCUUGCAUCAAACUUACAAGGAAAUGCUAGCAUGUGUAUAUUUAUCUUCUCUUUCCAUGGAAGGUAAAGAAUGGCAAAUGUUUGAACAGAAGAUUGGGAUCAAAAUAUCACCUGAUAUUUUGUCCUUCUUGUGUGUCAUGAACUACAAACAGGGUUGCAGGUGUUUCGAUAUAUACCAAGCUGUGGAAAGAAAGUUUCUUAGAGGUUGUAUUUUUCUCGUCACUGAACUAAUAGACUACCAGUCUUGUGUUCAAAUGGCGUAUGAAGAAUGCCGCAAUAGUGGUAUUGAUGUUCCUCUGCUCUUUUUAAAACACGCACAUUUUGGAAAAUACUCAAAGUUAAAACUAGAUCAUGCUUUAUUGCAAAGAAGAUACGAUGACCUAGAAUUGAUAGCAUUCAUAAACCAUAAUGAGUGUCAGGAAUUGCUGCCAAUAAGGUAUUCAAAGAGUCUCAAAUGCCUGUUGGUUAUUGAUUCAAUACUUCAAUGCCCAAAUGUCGACCUUUCACAAUGUAUACAUCUUCAUGAUGUAUUCAUAAUAAACAGCCAACUUCCUGGCCUCAUUAUUGACCCGUCUUCCUUAACAAACUGUUGGAUUUCCACGGAGCUAGAGUUAAAACAGGAUAAUUCGCCCAUGAAAGUGUCAUUUGACAGCGGGAAACAGUUCUCUAGCUGUCUUCAAAAGCUCAGCCUUGCAAACGUUAUCAUGGACGCCCCCCUUGACCUCUUAAACUGUCAGAAUCUACAAGAAUUGCAUAUUGACAGCGUUCAAUUCACCGAAAAUGUGCAUCUAGAUCUCAGUAGUCAUAAAUCCCUCUCCAAAAUAACAAUUCAGAAGAGUCACCUGGCACACAUCACCAUAAACACGUCUUGCCUCGAUACGUUCUCGGCAAACAUCAUGCUAAGAUUGAUAGAGGAGAUACCGCCAUUGAAAGUGUCAUUUGAUGGGAUGAGACAGUUUUCAAGCAGUCUUCAGAUACUCAGCUUAGGGAACGUCAUUAUGGAGGCUCCCCUUGACCUCCUACAAUGUCAGAAUCUAAAGCAAUUGUAUAUUGAUACCUUUUUGUUCCCUGUAGAUAAGAAUCUGGAUCUCAGCGGUUUCACAAAUCUAUCCAAGAUAAUAAUUCAUAACAACUGCCUGGCCCACGUCACCAUCAAUCCGUCUUUGGUAGAUGCAUUUCAUAUUAUAUGUACGUCAAUGUUGAAUCAAGAGAUAAAGCCCAUGAAGGUGUCAUUUGAUCGCGGGUCCUUGUUCUCGAGUAGUCUAGAAGAACUCUGUUUAAUGAACGUUACCUUCGAUCCGCCCCUCGAUCUCUCACAUUGUCGGAAACUACAGUCUUUAAUACUUGACGAAGUUCAGUUCUCUUCUGAUACGAACCUUUAUCUUGGUGGCCGUGUACAUCCAUCCACAAUAGUUAUUCGGAACAGCCGCUUGAAAUUCCUCACCGUUAACCCUUCUUUCCUCAAGACAUUUGAAGUAAUGUUCGAACCCGAGUUCAUAGAGAAAACAGAGAGAAAGAUGAAGUUGUCGUUUGAAGGUGGGUGUUUUUCUAGUAAACUAAAAUCACUUAGUUUAGUUAAUUCAAUAAUCGUAGGGAUAAUUCAGAUUGAUAUGACCUUGUGUACCAACUUGCAGACAAUGCAAGUGGAUCGUUCUAUACGAAUGGGACAAUGCAUUUAUAAUAAAUUAGAAGAGAUACGAAUUUUUGGUCGAAACAAACCACAAAGCAUACUUGGUUCUGUUACAAAUCUUAGUUCAAUAUUUCCUUCACUCAAGCGAUUAUGGUUUGAAUAUAUACCAAGUAAAAGGUUAACCUCAUUUAUGUACAUAUUGUCAAGUGCGCAAAUGGUUGAUCUUAUAGGGUUUCGCUUUAUUUGCUUAGACAGACACCUUGAAGGAUUCGUGAGCAAGUGUUCUGUGAAGAAUUAUAAAUUUGAAAACGUUACAAUAUCUAGCAUGCAUAUGCUAAUGAAGAUGGUUUCAAAUGAAAACAUUCCGGAAGCAAAUUACACUGGUAUGGACAAUGUCGCCAUGAGGGAUGUCUGUUUUUCCAAUUGCGACGUCAUUGGAUCUACCGUCGACGAUGUAAACUCUGCUGUUCGUGAAUUGCAAAGAAUUUGGAAUGUGGAUGUUGAGAUCACAAGCAUUGAUAGGCUUUCGGGAAAGGUCAGUCCCCGUAAGAAAGCAAAACGUCACGAAAUUGUUCGACUUAGAACAUUGCACUUAAAGGCAAAAUAAGCAAUUGAUAAAAACUGCCAUUAGUGAACUAACCGGACGUUUUAAAAUUGUGUAUAUUGCUUAAGCACGAAACAUAUCUGUACAAUUAAAGCUUAGGUUUCAAUGGUGUGCAACAGGGUCAAAACAUGAUGCACUUUUAAACGACAGCAUGACAUCGAGUCUCAACGAAAUAUGAAAACGUAUCCCUUCAUUUAAGAGGACUCAUUUGUGCAUUUCUCCGAUAAGCGUUGGAAUCUAAAUCUUUGAAAUUGUUAACUCGUUAAUAUUUAAUGAUUUUAUUUCUAAUAAAAAUACGUUCGCUUAAUCGAAACCAAUACAAUACUACUCGGCAUAUUUGGAUAUCAACAUCACUGGUAUUUUUUAUAUUUAACAUAACACAUAAUGAUAUUGGCGUGAUUUUCUUAUCAUACGUUUAUGAAUUCUUUUGGACACCAUACAAGUACAAUUAUGAUUUCUAUCAUUUUGUUUGUGCGAUUUUCUUAUGAAUUGUUCAUGGAGCUUCGUGUUAAAACUACUCAUGUACAUAUUUUAUAUUUUUGUUUCUAUUCUUUAGUCCAAUUUAAUGAACGGCAUUUAUUACAUAUUAAUGUAUUUAAUACGGGUGUAUUUAAGCUUAUGUAUAAAUUGAUUCCAUCGGAAUUCAAUAUGAUUUUUGGUUGGAUAAUAUUCAAGUAUAUAUUGAACAGUUUGCAUUAUGUGAUAAGAAUUAUAAGUAUUGCCAUGUGGUUGUCUAUAACGACCAUAAACUUAUUAUGUAUGUAUGAAGAUGUAAUUACUGAUUGUUUAACGACAUAUGUGUGACAUCCUAUGAUAAUUAUAAUACUGUGUAAUUUCCUACUAAUAUGUUACUGAAAUGUUUUAUUUGAAAACAUUUUGUACAUGUUCAUUUUAAAAAUAAUAAAUGAGUAGUAUUCUUAAAACAGUGUGUUUCUGUCUGUGUGAAUGGAAGACAGCUAGAUUAAAGAGCACGCUACGCUGCAUGUCCCGUGCGUUUCAUGU